UCAUUAUUCUUUUCAUCAUGCGUCCGUUAACAGACGAAGAGACAAAAACGAUGUUUGAGAAACUCUCUAAAUACAUUGGGGAGAAUAUCAAACUUCUUAUUGAUCGGCCUGAUGGGACUUACUGUUUCAGACUUCAUAAUGAUCGGGUAUAUUAUAUGAGUGAAAAAAUCUUGAAGUUGGCUACAAAUAUCUCCCGAGAUAAACUGGUAUCUGUUGGCACGUGCUUCGGAAAGUUCACGAAAACACAGAAGUUCCGUCUGCACAUCACGGCUCUCGAUUUCCUCGCGCCAUAUGCUAAGUUUAAGGUGUGGGUGAAGCCGGGAUCAGAGCAGUCAUUCCUGUACGGAAACCACAUCAUGAAGUCCGGCCUGGGGAGAAUCACAGAAAACACAGCGCAGUACCAAGGAGUGGUGGUGUAUUCAAUGGCAGAUGUACCGCUGGGCUUUGGAGUGGCAGCAAAGACCACACAGGAGUGUCGGAAGGUGGACCCCAUGUCCAUUGUGGUUUUCCAUCAGGCUGAUAUCGGCGAGUACAUCAGAAGUGAAGACACUCUCACAUAAGAGGAUAUAAUAUCUCCUGUGCUCAUGGACAGUUCAUCACAUUCUGGUGAUUGGAUGUUCCCAACUUUAAAUUCAAAGCAUUGCAUUCUUUUGGACUGUUUUCAGUGUUUAAACAAUAUUUGUUAUAUGUGACUUUUCAUUGACUUUCUGUAUAAAAUAAUAAUAAUUAAAAAAAACGUCAAGGUUUUGAAAUAACUGU